AUGGAUUACUCCGGUUGCAAUGGAGUCUCCGAAGGUAGCGAGCCCAGCAUCGAGGGGAACGGACAUGACCCGAACCAAGUCCAUCAGUCCGAAUCCGCGGUUGAAGGAGUUCGCGAGGAAAUGACCACGCUUCAGAUAUCUGGAACGGCCGGGGAGGAUACAAACUUGCCUGGUCAGGCCGUUCCAACGAGCUCUGCCGGUCUUCCGGCCGAACAAAGCGAUGCCGGAGGCCUGAUGCAUCAAGGCCUAGUUCCUCAAUCCUUUAGUUUUGGCGCGAGUGCAAUGACCAAUGCCGAGCACGUCAAUGUGUUCAAUACGCAGUCUCAGCAUGAAUCGGCCGCAUGGCAACAUUACGUCCCAGGUCCUGCCGGUCCGAUCCCAAUGGAGCAUGCUAGCUUUCCAUAUGAAACAAGCUUUGCACAAGCCCCGAUGCACCAGGGCAACAUCCCUCCCAAUCCUGUUAAUCCAACUGAGGCCAGACUCACCAAUGGGGAUAUUGAAAAUGGGUACAAUGCUCGAUCUGAGAUCCCAGGUAAUCUUGGAACUCCUGGAUCACAGGACUUUUCCGGGGCCGUGAAUUCCUCGGCUCUGCCGUGGUGGAUCCAGGGAUCUGAUCAGGGCAAUGAUGUUGACAUGGAUUCGGAACUUGAAGAGGGCGAGAUCCGCGAGUAA